UCGUUGUCACUUGUCAAUUGUCACAACUCGCAUCAAGUUGGUCGUAUUGGAAUAGUACUGGGUAGUGUAAAUUCGUAACAAAAUUUUAAAUUUUAAGGAAAAUUAAAAUGUAUACUGUAUCUAAGGGACCUAGCAAGAUUGUUGCUAAAACUCGUAGAGGUCUCUCGCAAAAUUUGGAAAGAUUAGACAGCCGCAAAGAUCAUAAUAGAAGGUCUUCUGACGCAGAUAAUGGAGAAAUUAUAAAUAUGCCUAAACCGAUUUUUCAUUCCAAUGGUAAAAAGACAGUACAUCAAAGGAUACAGCACAGCGUAAUAACGCCGCAACACGAGGAAAUAAUUAGAUAUAUAAGUGAAACUUGGACGCAAACAGCAAAUGGUGACAGUGAACCAUCAACACCUACAAGUACAAUAGGAUCAGGAAGCUCAUCGCCCACACUACCCACAAGCCUGUACUACCAAGACGAUGAGCCGAGUCCAGUUUUACAGGACUUCAAGCCCUUCGACCUUGAAACGUGGUGGGGCAAGCGACUGUUCCAGAACAUCACCAACUCUCUUUGAGAUAACCGCACCAGUUAUCGUCGGGGAACACGAAAUUUUUCGGUAGCGUAAGUCACAAUCAAUUAUAGUUUACUAAAUUCUAUUAGUGCCUAUAUAAUGCCAAAUAUUUUUGUAAAUUUUCAAGUAUUGAUACGAUUCGCCAAUUUAUCAUAUCAAUGAUUGAUAGAUUGUAAGAUGUACAGGGUGUGUAAAACGGCAUUUAUUUUAAAUGUUCUGAAGACAGUUUUAUCACGUAUAUUUUCACGGUUCUGUGAAUUUAGUAAUCUAUAUUUGAUUGUGGAUCUCAGUAGGUAACACCUUUAUCUUUUAAGACAAAAUUUUCCAAAGCUCAAUAAUGUUUCCAUGUUUGCUUGAACCAAUAUUCUUUAAGAUUGUUUUUCGUGACGUUUUUUAUAAAGAUUUUAUGUUGUUAAAUAUGUAAGUAGAAAUGCACACCAUAAAUUGGAUACCAAAGACAUUGAAAAAAUCAUAUUUCUGUUAUUACAAAUUAUUUAUAAGUUUUAUCUUCUCAUAGCCGUUUCUUUAAGUUAAGUUACGCAAAUCAAUAUAACCAACUUACUAAGGGCCGAUUUUUCAAUCCUUGGUUAAAACUUGUCCGUCCAAUAAAGUAUUACGCGAUAAUAUUAAAAUGUCACUUGUACACUGUCAAAUACAGGUAAUUAGAAUACAUUUUUGAAAUGGUAGUUUAAUAUGUUAUUCAACGAAUAAGUUUUAACCAAGGAUUGAAAAAUCAGCCCUAAAUAAACAAUAUUCAACUAAACAAUAAAGGGAAAGAAAACAGCUGUAUCCAAUUUGAGCCGUAUUGUAUUGAAAGUAUUAAAAUUAUGAAUCUUCAAAAACUGCAGCAACCAUCUGUCAGAUAUUUUAUCAUGCCAUUUAAUUAAUGAAUAAAAUAGAUUCAGGCUCCAACUAUCUAUCAUUGUACUGCUGUUAGCACGUCUGACAAGGUUAUUUAGGCAAUUGGCAGAAUUAGGAAUAACUGUUGCCAUGUCAAUAAUAAAAUGGCCUUGAUAUUUUUUACAUUUGAUAUGUAGUGUUUAAAUAAAUAUUAAUAACUAAAUGCCUGAGCUAUAAAUGGAGCAAUAAUAAAUUAUUUAACCUUUUUAAAAUCUGCCAGGCUUAUUUAUUAAAGAAAUUAACUUGUAUGGCAGCACUUAGUAAAGAUCCUGUAAAUAUUCUUAAAAUUAUAACCUUGUUGGACUAUAAAAUUAUAUUAUAUGUAAUGUGUUACAUAUAUUUUUGCUAAGGGCAUGUGCAAUUAAACAGAACUAAGCUAAUCUAUUUGGUUUGGUGAAAUCGCAAUAACAUAGUCUAAUCAGAAAUUAAUAAAAGCCUUAUAAUACAGCAAUAAAUUAAUAUUAAUAAACAUAGUUCCUCCUAUAAACUAGUUAUACUAUUGUAAGUGUGUUUGCAAUAGACUCGAUUGAAUCAAUUUCUUAUUGUAAUAAAUAUACUUAUUGUUAUUUGUACAAUACAACGUCUUAAAUCUGUUAAUUCAUAAUUUAUGUAACUGUUAAUUUGUUUAUGUUUAUGAAAUCUAAUGUUUUUAACCAAUAAUUCAAUAUUUUAUCACUUUUUGUAAUUUUUAUUAAUCAAUUCUCUUUUACAUCACAAUUAAAUAACUAGUCAAUAAAUCAAAUUAAUUCCAUUUGUACAUUUGAUAAAAAGUAUCACUUCGUCCAUGAAAUUAAUCACAAUAAUAUAGAUAUUGUCUAUGCUUCUCAUUGUUGAACAGUAUUCGAAUUAUAUGCAUGUUGUUAAGAUAAUAAAAAUCAUUGUUACAUUUGCAAUGCCCGCUUGGAGCAAAAAUGUCUUCCAUAUUUAAAUUGGUUUACAAAUCUUAGGAAUAUUGGUGUACUCGUCGCAUUAGUCUAUGGUUAUUUGUAGCUUAUACUGUAGAGAUCUUUUGAAUUUUUUUCUUUUAAUACAGUUGUUGUUUAUGGCAUUCUUUUUUUCUCUGUGAUGACCAUAGACAUUUAUAGCCAAAUAUUUUUUUUACCACAGUGUUCUUUUCGUUUAUGAAUUCUCAUAUAUUAUAUUAUAUAUAUUGUUUUAUUGUGAAAGGAAACUGAAAAUAAAGUAACACAAGAUUUAUCAAGGCGAUAUUAUUUGUGCAAAGGAAGCACGUAGUUUUUAUCCUUUUUAGAUGAUUUAUUAUAUGAAAUGUAGUGAGAAUGUAGAAUAUUUUUAGACUGAUUUAGUUAUAAACGUUAUGUCUUUUGUUGUAGUUGAAUAAACAAUUAUUGACAAAA